AUUCAAUCCAAUACAUUCUCUCCCAAUACUUAACUUGAAAGUACGGUUCGUUAGGUGAGUACGGUUCUUUAGGUGAACCAUGAUUGGCUGAUUUAGCCAUCAACCAUUAGAGGAACUCGUGAAGCUAAAAAGGCUUCCGGGAUCAGCUCUCGAGAAGCCGCUAAGAACUCGCACCACCUCAACGUCACUACUAAACAGCAAGGUCAAAGAAGGAAGCAGAAAUAUAAAACCAUAGUCCGACGAUGCCAUGAAAACUGUGGAGGAAGCUCGGAAGCGUUGGCAUUCGCUCUUCAGCGGCAGAUCCUCGUUAGCCGAGCUUAAGCAGGAAUUGAAGAGCAAGGACGGUGACAAGUUAUGUCAAGAUGGGUUGAGAUCGGUUUGCUGGAAGGCGUUUCUAGUUCACCAAAACCUCGAUACCGCUUCAUGGCCUGCAGAGAUAUCCAACUCCAGGACUGCCUAUCAAUCCCUCCGGGAACACUUCCUGCGGUAUAUAGAACAUCCAGAUGACCUUCCAUCUACAGUAGAUCCAUUAGCGGAAGACGAUGAGUCUCCUUGGCAAACCCUCCGGCGAGAUGAAACCAUAAGGGCGGAAAUAUACCAGGAUGUGGAAAGAUGUAUGCAGGAAAACUAUUUCUUUCGCGAGCCCAAGACGAAGGCACGGAUGCUGGAUAUACUGUUCAUAUACACAAAAUUGAAUGCCGAUCUUGGGUACCGACAGGGCAUGCAUGAGCUACUCGCGCCUGUUCUGUGGGUUGUAGAACACGAUGCAAUCGACAAAAAAACCACAGUUGUUUCAGCCUCCGAUACUGGUUCGGAGGAUUUGAUGCUACAAGUCCUCGAUAUGGACUAUAUGGAACAUGAUGCCUUCACCAUCUUCUGUGCUAUCAUGCAGACAGCAAAGUUAUUUUAUGAACAAGAGGCCGGAAGGGUACCUGGGGUCCGAUCAGAUGUUUCGCCCAUCGUUUCGCGAAGCGAGCAUAUCCACCAGGCCUUACUCAGAGCUGUUGACCCAGAAUUGGCAGAUCAUCUACAAAUCACAGAAAUACUGCCCCAAAUAUUCCUAACUCGCUGGAUACGUCUGUUAUUUGGGCGAGAAUUUUCGUUCCACGAAGUGCUGAAUAUAUGGGAUGUACUAUUUGCCGAAAAUAUGAGACUCGAACUCAUUGAUGACGUUUGCGUCGCAAUGCUUCUACGGAUUAGGUGGCAAUUGCUCGAUGCCGAUUACUCAUCUGCCCUAGCACUGCUGCUCAGAUACCCUGCGCCAAUCCCCUACAAGCCAGUAACUUUCGUGGAAGAUGGCUUAUUUCUUGAAAAACAUCUAAAUUGCGAAGGUGCAACAUUACUUAUACAGAAAUAUUCAGGAAAGGUACCUGAUCCAAACAAGCAGUACAAACCACCAAGUCUAAAUGCAGUCCCGCAAUUCUCGUCUCGCAGGAAGAAGAAACCCACGACCAGAGAACCCAGCAAUGCGCCGAAUAAAGUUCCGUCCCCGAGCCUUUCUCCAGUGCAAAGCCACCAACGACGACUUGAUUCUUUGUUCCAGGACGUGUCACAGGGGCUGCACCGCCGUACAGAGGGAUGGGGUGUAACGAAAGUUGUUCGAGGCGCAAUGGUUGAAGCCAGACGCAAUAUUCAAAACAUCCAGUCCAGCGCAAGUACUCCGGCACCCCGACGCACAGAAAGCCCGCCCCACGACUCACCCAGCCCUCCACAUGUCAGCCUAGCGACAGUACGUAGGUUAAAUGCUCGAAUUUCCGCUCUAGAGAGCCGGAGCCAGGCUCUGGCCGGAAUGUUGGGCGACGCCAUCAACGAGCUACGCACUCAACAAGAGGAUCCAAACAAGUCUAACACUGAAGCUAUCGAUCUUGCCUUGGCUAAAAUGCAAUUUGUGCAAGUGUACCUAGCAGACCCAACGAUGCCAAUCCUCGAUGAAAGGAAAUCAACCACGCAGGCAGCUGCUAGAGCGCGCUCCAGUGAUCCUGUUUUCAGAGAACGUGUGACAAAACCGGCAGCCGCGGUGAGCAAAGAAAAUAACAAUCCCAACGGCGAACGAAAGCUAGAGAAAAAGCCAGCAUGCCACGCCCUGCCUAAAACGAGAGACGCAGAGUCUGCAGAUAUCAUUAAACCGGUGCCCUUGCGACCGGCAGCACGGGCAGCCCGCGCGCCCAUUGCACAGUCACCAUUUUCGUGGAUGCUAGGCGAUAGCAAAGAGCGUUCAGGAUUUGUGACGUCUGUGUCUGCGCCUCCGGAGCAGAGUCGGAGUAUAGGCACGCUAUUUGGAGAUAACCGGGGUGAUGUGAGGAAGCUAGCCGGAGACGAAGAGGAUGGUGUUGUCUUAAAUAGCUUACGCGGGAUAGCAUCCAAAUCGUCCUAAUUGUGGUAAUGUCUGUUUGUGAACAUUGUAAGCUCUAGGGGUUGGCGGUUUCAGCUCGUUUUAAUUCAACGAGGCGUUCGCAUCCAUUCGAAUUACGUGCUCUUUCUGUCUCAGCAAUUGAUAACCCAUACAUUGUUUUAUAGAGAUGGAACGUACGGGAGGUAGAUUGAGGAGCGCAGUUAUGUUUUUCUAGAUUACAAUUUUCGCGAUGAAUGACCUUAUGAAAGAAUUUUGUUUGCACCUUUUCAUAUUUCCAUGAGGCUCUCCUCCUACCCACUCAAUUUUUUUAAACUUCCAGCCAUUUAAAUUUAGCUCUGCCGCACAUGUAUAGGAAACCGUGAAGUCAUGUGCAGUCAUUCCAUCCAUGGCUCCUAGGAGAAGAGCUAGUGACUCUUGCAAUGUUUUGCAAAACUCAGCACAAAUAGGUUCAGCUACUAGUUAACUCCUCCAUU